AUGGAGAAAUCGAACUCCAAUGGCGGCGCCCUUUGCCAUCAUCUCCUCAUCAUCUUCCUCCUCUGCUUCAACCCAUCCUCCUCCUCGGCUGCUGAGACUCAAUUCUUCGUCAACUGUGGGUCAACGACCGCGGUCAAUGCCGAUGACGGCAGAGUCUUCGCCGCCGACCAACCUCCCGAAAAUUUCAAGCUCGACGGCGGCAGCCAAAUACUAUCAGAUCCAGCAAAUGCUACGGCUUCUUCCCUGUACAAAACAGCGAGAGAAUUCACGAGGCGGAGCGGGUACGAUUUCCCCGUCCCUGAAAACACCUCCUACCUCCUCCUCCGGCUCCAUUUCGCCGCCUUCAACCCCCGCCUCUCCGCCGCCCGAUUCGACGUCCACGCUUCCAAUUUCAUCCUCCUCGGCAACUUCACCGCUGAAAACUCCACCGCCGGUGCCCCGCUCAUCUCCGAGUUCUACCUCCCCGCUGCUUCCCGCAAUCGACUCAGAAUCCGAUUCAUCCCCUCCUCCGAUUCGUUGGCCUUCGUCAGCGCCAUCGAACUCCUUCCCCUCACAUCCAGCUUCUUCGUCGACAAUCGGAGCGCGGCGGUCCCUCCCGGCGGCGGCAGCCGCCCUGCUGCUGGGUUCUUCGGGUUCCAAUCCAGCGCUCUCCGCACCGUUCACAGGGUCGACAUCGGAGGAGGAAGUCGCGGUGGAGAAAUCCCCCCCGACUCGCUAUUCCGGCCAUGGCGGCCGGACAACGAAUUCUACGCGACUGCUUCCCUCGGCAACGAGAGCGACACCGCCAUCAUUCCUUCCGGCGCCGCCGACAGGAUUCGAGAUCUCGCCGCCUCGGAACCCGCGCUGGGGAGUUGCAGGUACGAGAGGGUCACCAACGGCGGGGAGAGGCCGGCGAACCUAACCUGGAGAUUCCAAGUGAAGCAGAACACCAGACAAUUUCUCCGCCUCUACUUCCUAAACUGCGUCAACGACGCCGCCAUCAGAGAUUUCAAUCUCUACAUCAACACCAAUUUCCCAGCCACGGUCGAUCCCUUUCUCUAUUUAAGAGAAUUCGUGGCGGAUUCCGAUGGUUCUGGGUUCUUCGAAAUCAGCAUCAGCCCUUCCCCUGCCGUCGAGAAUGGAGUCGCCACAGCAGCGUACCUCAACGCUCUGGAAAUCUUGGAGUUUCUCCCCAAAACACCAGCCAACGAAACGGACGACGGAGGAAACCACUCUAAUCAUCACCGAAGGAAUCUCGCCAUCUGGCUAUCCGCCGCCGCCGCCGCCGCUGCGGUGGUGGUUCUGAUUUCGUUAAUCGCGUUCCUAUUGAAGAGGAAGAAGAAGAAAAACAACAACAAGGGUUCCAAUUCCGUGAAGAACUCGGCCACCGGGGAGAAGAAAUCUCACAGCUGGAUUACCGUCCACACGGAUAACACCACCACCCAGGGCUCCCCUCUACCGGAGCUGAAUCUCAAGCUCAAGAUGCCACUGUCGGAAAUCCUCGCCGUGACUGACAAUUUCAACCCGAAGCUUCUAAUCGGAUCCGGCGGGUUCGGGAAAGUAUACGAAGGCAAGCUCGCAAACGGAGUGACAGUCGCGGUGAAGAGAAGCGAAUCGGGUCACGGGCAAGGCCGACCCGAAUUUCAAACAGAGGUUUUAGUCCUCUCCAAGAUCCGCCACCGCCACCUCGUCUCCUUAAUCGGGUACUGCGACGACGGCGCCGAGAUGAUCCUCGUCUACGAGUUCAUGAAAAACGGAACCCUCAGAGACCAUCUCUACAGAUCCGACGUGGCUUCCACCACGACGAUGCUGAAUUGGAAGCAGAGGCUCGAGAUCUGCAUCGGGUCGGCCAAAGGCCUGCACUACCUUCACACCGGAUCCGACGGGGGGAUCAUUCACAGGGACGUCAAGUCGACGAACAUCCUGCUCGACGAGAAUUACGUCGCGAAGGUCGCCGACUUCGGGCUCUCUCAGGCGGGUCUGCCCGACCCGGACCACCACAGUAUGGCGCUGAAAGGGAGCUUCGGGUACCUCGACCCGGAAUUCUUCCGGACGUUUCAGCUCACCGAUAAAUCGGACGUUUACUCUUUUGGGGUUGUGUUGCUCGAGGUGGUCUGCGCGAGGCCGGCGAUUGUGAACUCGACGGCGGCGAGGAGGGAGGAAAUCAAUUUGGCGGAGUGGGGGAUGGCGUGGCAGAAGAAGGGCGAGAUUGAGAAGAUCGUGGACCCUUCGAUUUUGGGGGAAAUGAACCCGAGCUCGCUGCGGAAGUUCGCUGAAGUCGCCGAGAAAUGUUUGAGGCCCGACGGGGUCGAUCGGCCGACGAUGCUGGAUGUCUGCUGGGAUCUGGAGUAUGCGCUGCAGUUGCAGCAGGGUACUCCGGCGCGUAGAGAGCCGUCGGAGGAUAGUAUGAUGGAUGAUGCUUCGUCGAACAUUUUGAGGCCGAUUGUUAGUGGUUUCCGGGAUACUAGCUUCAUCGUCGGUGAGGAAGAUGACGACGACGAUGAUGAUGAUGAUGAUGAUGAGAUGUCGGCUGGAGAUGAUUCUGCCGGCGAUGUGGAUGCGACGGCGACGGAUAGUGGUAGCGUGUUUUCGCAACAUAGGGUUGAUGGUGCUAGGUGA